GUUUGAUUCAAAGUAAACCCGGUGAAGUGUGUACGGCGUUUCCUGUAAGAGUAUACAAUAUACAAUGCGGAUGUUUUAGGUGACUUUUUCAAGCGAGCAUUCAAUGAAAAAUGCCAUCACCUCAAGGAUUGGAGCCAGUCCUGAAGAUGAAGGUGGAUGAGCUAUUCCUGAAUUGGUUGAGUGAGCCAGACAUCCAGGAAAUGCUAAAAGACUACCUCAGAAAGAUCAAGAAUGGAGAUGAGCUUGAGUUUGACAAAGGCAACAGUAAUUUUUCUCAAAACAACAACAUUGCCUCAAACUGUAAUGUGACAGAGAGGACUUCUUCAUCUCUCAGCGCACCAUGUAGCCCCCCGUCUGUCACACUGCCAUCCGGGAGUGGCAGCAGUAACAGAGCAGGACCAAACAGCAGGGCGCUGAGACGCUCUGUCAGCGUUAAAAAGGCGCAGCUUAAGAAAGAGGAGGCCGUUUCACCAGCGUUAAGCGAAACCAUUCCGAAGUUCUAUUUCCCUCGAGGGCGGCCCAAAGCCAAUAUCAACAUUGACAAUCUCAUUUCCAAGAUAGAGAAAAUAUUUUCACAGUUUCCCAGUGAAAGAGUAACUAUUGAGGAUAUGGGGAAGGUUGCCAAGGCCUGUGAAUGUCCACUUUAUUGGAAAGCGCCAUUGUUCUUCGCUUCUGGGGGAGACAGAAGGGGAUAUGUGUCUGUUCACAAAUUUGUGGCAAUGUGGAGAAAAGUGCUCCAGACAUGUCAUGAUGAUGCAUCCAAAUUUCUUCACCUUCUGGCCAAGCCUGGCUGCCCUUAUUUAGAGCAAGAGGACUUUAUUCCAUUCCUGCAGGAUGUGGUGGAUUCACAUGCGGGCCUUGCUUUUCUGAAAGAGGCCUCGGACUUUCACUCACGCUACAUUACCACAGUGAUACAGAGGAUAUUUUAUAACGUCAACCGAUCAUGGACAGGAAAAAUAACAUGUUCGGAGCUACGGAAAAGCAGUUUUCUUCAGAAUGUGGCUCUACUGGAAGAGGAAGAGGAUGUCAACCAGCUGACUGAGUACUUCUCUUAUGAGCAUUUCUAUGUCAUCUACUGUAAAUUCUGGGAGCUCGACACUGACCACGAUCUCUACAUAGACCAGAGGGACAUGGCACGACACAAUGAUCAAGCUAUCUCCCACAGAAUGAUUGAUAGAAUAUUCUCAGGAACUGUAACAAGAGACAGAAAGGUUCAUAAAGAAGGACGGUUGAGUUAUGCCGAUUUUGUAUGGUUCCUUAUCUCAGAGGAAGACAAGAAGACUGAAACCAGCAUAGAGUACUGGUUCCGCUGUAUGGACGUGGAUGGGGAUGGAGUUUUGUCCAUGUACGAGCUGCAGUAUUUCUAUCAGGAGCAGUGUCAGAAGCUGGAGACCAUGGCCAUUGAACCCCUGCCAUUUGAGGAUUGUUUAUGCCAAAUGCUAGAUCUGGUCAGGCCUGAGAUUCCAGGAAAGAUCACUCUCCGGGACUUAAAGAGAUGCAAACUAGCUCAUAUAUUCUUUGACACUUUCUUCAAUAUUGAGAAAUAUCUGGAUCAUGAGCAAAGGGAUCCGUUUGUUGUGGCAAAGGAUGCUGAGACUUUGGGACAGGACAUUUCAGACUGGGAAAGAUAUGCUGCAGAGGAGUAUGAUAUUUUGGUGGCCGAGGAAGCCGCCAACGAGCAGUACAAUGAUGGAUAUGAGAACCCCCUGGUGCCGAUUGACUGCAUCUCCAGUGAGUUUGACCUGUGCAGUGAGAAGAGGCACUUGUUUGAGUUUGCUAACCCACACUCUAACCUGGACCUGGAUGAGUACAAAUACACAGAUGAUUUUGAAUGACAGCUACUUGCAGGGAUAUAAACAUCAAAACUAUCCACAGACACACAGCACCCAGCAGAGCACAGCAAAACAGGCCACGAGCAACUAACGCCAUGCCCGUAGCCAUUCCCUAUAAAACACAUCAACGCAGCCAGAUGGAUGAGCUUACAAGUUCAUGUCUGUGUUCCGACUGGCCAGAGUGUGUGCCAGGUUCUAGUUAAGAUGCAAUACACCAGUAUCCUGGUGAAACACCUGAAAAGGAAGGCUUGUGCUCGCCCAGCACACCAGCAGUGUAGAAUCUGCUGUACAGAGCCUGACAGCUCCUACUGAGCUCUGUGCCUGAUCAGCACCGGAUGAGCACUAGGCCUGUCAGGCUCGUCUGUCUGCACAGGAACCAAAAGGCAGGUUAUUGACGAACACUUGAAAUGCUCAAUAUAAUCCCGAGUGUAGAAUAUUAAACACACAAUUGGCAAAUGUUGCAUUCCACAAUUUAACAAAAGUGACUUGAGCUUGAUUUCAUGGAUGAUGCAUUUCUUAUAACGCUGUGUGAAGGUAUGUGAAAUGCCUCGCACUCAGAGCUCCUUGAGGGGAAAAAACUGUUUUUACAAAUACUGUGCCUGCUGUCAGCUUCUACUUUGCUGUUUCACAAAUUGUGAACAUUUUAAAUUAUACAUUUAUUUAUAAAUAUUUGUACAUAUUUAUUGUUUGCUGUGUUUUGUUCAGUGUUACGACACCCCCGAAUUUUAAAUAAAUACUGAAACUUUUCUGUAAAAGUAACUUGAACAAUGUAUUUCAAGAAUGAAAAAGUCACUCUUUUUUAAUGAGUUAAAUA